AUGGGUCGCAAAUUCCUGAGUUUCGUCUCUAACCUAGCGGUUCUUGGUUACUUUGGCCAGCACGCGUCGGCUGCACCAAGUUCGUCCACGAACCAAGCCUGCGCAGAGCUUUCGUCAACGCUUGUUGGGAGAACUUCAUUUCCGCUCAGCCUUUCCUAUCAUUCUGAAACUACGGCUUACUGGUCAACUGUUCUUCGUGAACUGAAGCCAGCAUGUGUUGUUCUCCCAGAGACGGCUGAAGAGGUUUCCAAGGCAGUCACUAUCCUCAACAAAUAUCCCGAUGUGAAGUUCACUGCGAAAAGCGGUGGACACGAUCCCAAUGCCGGCCAUGCUACCGUCCAGGAUGGAGUCCUGAUCUCACUUGAGAAAAUGUCAGGGGCAACAUAUGACUCAGCAACAAAUCUCGCAUCCGUCAAACCCGGCGGUGAGUGGAACGAUGUGAUCUCCAGUCUGAAUGAGCACGGAGUCACUGCUGUCGGAGGUCGGCUUGGCAUCGUUGGUGUUGGUGGCUUCCUUGUACAGGGCGGGAUCUCAUUUCUUAGCGCCCAACAUGGGCUAGCUGCAGAUAAUAUUGUGGGCUGGGAAAUAGUGAGUGCGGAUGGCACCAUUAUUAACGUUGAUGCAAACAGCCAGCCUGAACUUGCCACAGCUCUGCGUGGAAGCGGUAGCCAGUUUGGUAUUGUCACGAAAUUUACCGUCAAAGCUCAUCCCAUUGGGAAGGUUUGGGGAGGGAUACGCAUCUAUGAUGCAUCCCAGACAGACAAGAUCUUCAAGACCCUCCAUGAUUUUGUGCCUAACAGCAACAAAGACACCAAGGCUGCAAUUAUUGUGACAAACCUAUCAGCCGUGGCUAGUUUGAAUGCUUUCUUGAUCUUCUAUUUCUAUGAUGGAGAAUCCCCGCCUACAGAGGGCCCCUUUGCCGACUUUCUCACAAUCCCUUCUCUAAUCUCCAUCACUAAAACUCAAUCCUAUCCCGAAUUGGCAAUGGGCGCAUCUCUGAUAAAUUCUCGAAUCUCCUUUAGAACUCUUACGAUACCUUACGUUUCAGAGUAUCCGGCAAUGUACUCUGAGAUAUCCAAAAAGAUGACCGAGCUUUCCGCAGACUAUUUCAACAAUCCUCUGCACCUCCUGUCCCAAUGCUCGGUUGAUUUCCAGCCACUUCCGUCUGCUGUAGGACAGAACUCGGAGAAGAAUGGGGGAAAUGCGAUGGGGUUGACGGCCAGUGACCCAGACAGAGUGUUACUCGAGUUUCAGUGUGCCUGGGGUUCCAAGGAUGAUGAUGCUACUUUGGUUUCCAUUACCAAAGACCUCACUGCUUGGAUCGAGGGGAGAAUUCCCAUAUGGCUAGAGGCGGGGUCACAGGCCAAGGAUGCUUAUCUUCCACUGUUUAUGAACGACGCCAUGGCUGAUCAGAACGUCACUGGGAGUUACAGAGACUAUGCAAAGUUCAAGGCACUUCAGCAGCAGUACGACCCAAUCGGCACAUUGAGAGAAAGGACUGGAGGUUUCAAGUACUGA